CCAGAAGUUCAUGUAAAAACCGCAGUGUUUUAACGCAUGAAAAGAAGGCAGGCAGGCUGGAGUGGCCUUUUCUUGACCGGAGUUCCCACGAGGAGGUGGGAGUUACUUCAGUUUUAUGAUUUAGGAAAUCAAGAUUCGGAUUUCUAACACGGAGGAAUGGCUAGGAGCUGGGGGUCCAGAGGUCAAAUGGAGUAUGAAGCUGCUUACUGGGUUAAAAAAAAAAAAAAAGUUAACAUUGUGUGUCAAUUAUAAUAAAAUUUUUUUUAAAUUAAAACAAGCGAACCCUCCCGAACCUCGGUUUCCUUAUCUCUAGAAUGGAGACGUUGAUAUUUACUUCAAAGUGCUGCAGUGAAGAUGAAAUGGAAUAACGCAUGGGAAGCAUUUAAUCCAGUGCCUGACAUGAGAUCUCUGUUCCUUCUAGAGGAAAGUCUAGCUGCAUUUCUUUGGGGGCCCAAGAUGGGUCGCCGAGCUCAGCAGGAGUCAGCUCAAGUGGACAAUCAUCUCAGUAACAAGAACUCCUCUUCGAUUCUGACUGGAGAGGCUCCCCCUCCCAAGCCGCCGCGCAGGCAAGGAGGCUGGGCAGAUGAUUCCACGAAGGCUUCAAAGUCAGGAAGGAGGGCUUCUGAAGAAAUAGAAGAUCACCGCCUCAGACAGCAGAGCUUGGAUGGAUCAGAUGACGGAGGAGAUAUUCCCGUUAUUCCGGAUCUGGAAGAAGUACAGGAAGAAGACUUCGCUUUACAGGUGGCAGCCCCCCCCAGCAUCCAGGUCAACCGGGUGAUGACCUACCGUGACCUGGACAAUGACCUCAUGAAGUACUCAGCCUUUCAGACCUUGGAUGGAGAGAUUGACCUGAAGCUCCUCACCAAAGUCCUGGCGCCAGAGCACGAAGUCCGAGAGGUCAGUAGCAGCAGAAGCUCCUUCCUGUGGGCUGCGUCAUCCCUACGACCGGCCGGCUCCCCAGCGAUGACGUCAGCUGGGACUGGGACCGUCUGUACACCGAGGUGUCCUCAGAGCUCCUCACCGAAUGGGACCUGCUGCAGGCGGAGAAGGAGGACCCCGUGGGACAGCCCACGCACACCUGAGCCCUCGGCGGUCAGCAGACUGCUGUCCCCGCACAGAGUAAUUUCUGCUUCGGACUUGAAAAAACGCGAUAAGCCUACAGCUGAAGAAGCUUGCCGGUAGCUUAGCAUUUUUGUAUGGAAUAUUUUGUAAUAAAAAUGCUUAUUUUCAGUAGACCAUGUUGGAUCAUUCAAGUGUAAUAAAUUGCUUUAUGCUGUGGC